AUGUCAGAAUGUGCUGAUUUAGGUCUCAUGCGCUUGUCUUCCCCCGCGGAAAUAGACAGCGCUCGGUUUUAUUUACCGCACCAUGCGGUCUUUAAGUCGAACGAGGUGCGAAAAAUUCGUGUUGUGUUCAACGCUUCACAACGUGGUAGCAAUGGGUUAUCUCUAAAUGAUCUCCUGUUACCAGGUCCAAAACUUCAGACGGAUAUCACACUGGUCCUCACCAGGUGGCGUUUUCAGAAGUUUGCAUUUGUAUCGGAUAUAGUCAAAAUGUUUCGACAAAUCCUGGUAGAUAAGAGGGAUUGGGCCUGGCAAUAUAUCCUUUGGAGAUGCGAUGCGUCCAGUCCUAUCCAGGACUUUUGCGCGACUACGGUUACUUAUGGCACGGCCGCAGCGCCAUUUCUUGCCAUUCGUACGUUGCUGCAGCUUGCCCAGCACGGGCAGCUACAGUUUCCUACGGCGUCGGCCACACUUCGACGACAAAUAUAUGUCAAUGACAUCUUCGCAGGUGCGGAUACCUUGGACGAUGCCAUGCAUUGUAGAAAUCAGAUAAUCUAG